CGUCUUACUCUACCUUCUCUACGGUGGUUUCUGCCCAUCUUCUGCUCUAUCUCAUCCAUCUACAUAUUGAUACACUACGCAUCAUCAUGCAUUAGCCGUUAAUUGUUGCUGCAAAGCGCACCCACCAGUACCAACUAUCUGACCACACAUACGGCGAUGAUCGGAGCCGUACCAGCGGCACCCCAUAUCGAUCCACUCGAGUAGUUCAUAUCGACCAAACGACGCCAGUAUCAUCGAUAACCAUCGAACCACACAGAAAAAGGAAGUGGAAAUGGCCAAACUCACAACAGCAGCCAUAAUCGUCAUCGUCAUCGUCGCCUGCCUCGCAGCAGUCUCCCUUGGAGCCGCCCUCACCAAACAGCUGAAUCCCACCCAGCCCCAGGGCCUCAGAAACUAUCCUCUCGAGCAGGAACGGUAUAUGCGGUCUGUGCGUCUCAAGAAUUGGGGGGUAUUUCAUCGGGAUUCUGUGCCACCGGGUCCGAGAGAUGUGGAGUCUGCGUAUACACCGGAGGAAUCGUCGCGGUAUUAGAUAUGGCUGACAACGGUAUAGCAUGUCGUUAUUUGGAUGUGAGUGACAGCGUGAGGUUUGGGUGAUAUGAUAUAUCUAGCGAGAUGGUGUUGGGCUGGCGUCUUGGUUUUUGGUUAUGCUGCUUGGAUGAUACCGUGGGUUGGAUAGGCUUGGAUUGGAUUAUUUGUACUAAAGAAGCCGAGAUUGUUGCAGGAUCAAAAAUGGAUAUUGCUUUAUUA